AUGACGGAAUUGCUGCAUAGUCCUGAUGGUAAUAUUUUGGGCGUAGAACGACCCGAAAACUACGGGACAUCAGCAAAUGUCUCGUCUAGCGCUCAAAUGUCGUCUCCGAAUGAAGAACUAGACGAAAACAACAGUAAUGUUCGACGUCAUAGGCGUCAAGAUCAACAACAAAAUCGAACGGACAAUGAUGAUGAGGAAAUAUUUAAAUAUGGCGCUAGUCAUGUUGUUAAAUUAUUUGUCCCUGUUUCAUUGUGUAUGUUUAUUGUUAUUGUGACAAUAAAAACAACAACCUCUUAUACGCCCGGCGGAGCACAAUGGGCAUACACACCGUUUACAGAAGAUAAACAAACAAAUACACAAAGAAUUUUAUUUUCAUUAGCAAAUGCAAUGAUAUUUAUGGCGUUUGUUAUUGCUGCUACAUUUAUUUUAAUUUUAUUAUAUAAAUUUCGUUGUUAUAAGAUUAUUCAUGGGUGGUUGAUACUUACUACGUUGAUGCUGUUGUUCUUCUUUCUAUAUUCAUACUUUAGUAGUAUAUCAGCAUCGUUAAAUAGACCAAUUGAUAUGAUAACAAUAUGUUUUUUAACGUGGAAUAUUGGCGUCAUGGGAAUGUAUUCAAUUCAUUGGAAAGGACCACUUCGUAUUCAACAAGCUUAUUUGAUUCUUAUGUCAGCGUUAUUGGCCCUUGUUUUCUAUAAAUUUUUACCAGAGUGGACCGGUUGGCUCAUACUUGGUGUUAUAUCUGUAUGGGAUCUUCUCGCUGUACUAUGUCCAAAAGGACCAUUGCGAAUUUUAGUAGAAACUGCUCAGGAGCGUGGAGAACCUAUUUUUCCUGCCUUAAUUUAUUCUUCUACGAUGGUGUACAUGGUAACUGCAGUUGAUCCUCCUAGGGAAGAAUUUGCAACUAUAAAUACGAAUUCAAUAGCAAAUACUUCAAAUAGCAAUGCGGAUGAAACUAAUGAAAAUGGAGGUUUUGUCAAUGCUGCUAUUAGACAACAACAACCACGACGACAACUUAUACCACGAGCAGAUGUACCGCAAGAAGAUGUUCGCCGAGAAGAACCUAGAUAUAUAGUUGAACCAGCAGCUACUCCACAUAUAGAAGACGAUGACGAUGAAGAAAAAGGUGUUAAAUUAGGUCUUGGUGAUUUUAUAUUUUAUUCGAUUUUGUUAGCAAAAGCAAGUGCGCUCGGAGAUUGGACCGUGACGAUGGCGUGUUAUGUAUCGUUAUUAAUUGGUCUAUGUUUGACAUUAUUACUAUUAGCAAUAUUUCGAAAAGCGUUACCAGCACUACCAAUUUCAAUAACGUUUGGUCUUAUAUUCUACUUUUCUACUGUUUAUAUUAUUGGACCGUUUUGUGCACAAUUAAGUUUAGUGCAAGUAUUUAUUUGA